AUGCUGGCUUCAUCGCUGGAGGAGUGGCAGAAGGAAAAGAAGCGUGGAGUGUGGCUUCACCUGAGUAUCGAUGCAUCGUCGCUGAUUCCCAUCGCCACCAAAGAGUUUGGCUUCGAAUUUCACCAUGCAGAGCCGGAUCAUGUCAUGAUGACGAAAUGGUUGCCGACGGAUGCUCCCAACACACUGCCUGCCAACGCAAGCCACACCAUCGGCGUGGGCGCCGUCGUUACAAACUCCGAGGGGCAGGUCCUCCUCGUCCGAGAGCGAUCCGGGCCGGCGGGGCGAUCUGGAGUGUGGAAGAUUCCCACAGGCAUGGUGGACGCCGGAGAGGACUUGCACGAUGCAGCCGUCCGCGAGGUCAAGGAG